AUGACUGGCGACUCGCUCCCCAGUCUUGUUCAACAAAAUUCCGAGAGUGCGACAACUGAACCGUCGAGAAGGACAAGCUACGAAUGGGGCUGGUCGUCGGAUCAACUAUCACAGCCUUUACUCAUACAACCUCAUUUGACCCCUGAACCCAUCAGCCCUGUUGAAAGCCAGUGGCUCCAUACCAUAUACGAAGGGGCUUUUGAAACUAUAUUCGGUUCUUGGAUGGGCCGCUACAGCAAUCCUUUCGCUUUUGGCGAACAGAGCCUAUCGGAUGUGAUUAGUAUACGCCGAGUUUGCAGCCAACUCGACCGACACAUUGACGAAGAAGAUGCUGUAUCAGGCACAAUAUCCGAAGCUGGAGCUUCACCCGAUCUGGCCAGACACGAGAAAGACGCACAGCUCAAUCAGUUCCUUGACCAUGCCAUCCAAUCUUUCGCCGCUCGCUGGCUACCUCUAACCCACCAAGUAAUUUUGACAGGACUAUCCCAGGCCAACGUCGUCUGUCGUCUUUGGCGGCGCGCUCAUACAGACAUGCUCAAAGUCAUCAACAGGCCGUCCUAUCGGUCCAUGCUGACUUUACUUUUGUUUGCUCUGACGCCCAUCCCAGUAGGCAUUUCCGAAGACGAAGAACUCGAGGGAGUAUCAGGACAAGUCUGUGUUCACGCUGCACUGCAGCAGAUUCAAACGCUCCGUGCCCGUCAAAAGAGCCUUCAAUUUAAUGGGACACGCGUCAACCUCACCAACUCGAACCGCCCUAUUGGAGCAAGUCCCGCCUCACUUGCCACCGCCAAUUUCAUUAUCGCCGAGAGCACUGCUUAUUGGGCUGCUCUUACAUUCGACACAUCGGCCUCCCUGACCUUGAAUUGCCGGCCAUUACUUUCUUCUGGACUUUUUGGGUUCGAAUCUGAGCCAUCAUGGCGCAUGGUACGGACUUGCAUCGGGAUUUUCCGCGAAACGACGAGAGACUGGAGCAAUGCCGACGUCGACCUGACAGAUGAGAAAGCAAACCAAGUUAUAGCGGCUGGGGCAGCAUGGAAGUUGUUGGUCUGGAAGCUAACUGCGAACCUGAAAGAAUCUCUGAGAGACGGCCAUGAUGAGGCAGAGGUUCUUAGGGCAUUCAACUCCGUGUCCAACACUAUCGAUCAGUUUAACAUCACCUACCGUGAUUUGCUUAUCGCGUGUCAGAGGCGAAUACAGUUCUUCAACCAAGAAACGAGACUCCGCUGGUAUGAACUCAUGCUGCACUAUAAUCUUGCAAUUCUGAUGGUCACUGAUAUCGCGACUGCGACUCUACGCGAGGAUCUCCUCUCCCUUUUCUCUGCGAAAAGAGUUGAUGCAGAGACCUGGGUCAUGAAUUGCCUUGUCUUCGGCUUAAACAACAAAUAUACCUUGAAACUUCAGCCCGAGCCAGCUCUCUCUGAUCCGGAGAUCGCACCUAGUCAAUCAGCAAGCUUGACCGUCCCAUUGAUUGCGAUUGACCCAUAUCCCCACCACGUCGUCGCGGCAGUGAAGCUCAUGCAACACGCCAUAGACAGGGACUUUGGAGCGGACAAGAUUAGCGCAGACGCUUACAAUAACCUGCGUUCAACUCUCAAGCAAACAUUGGAACAACUACCACAAGUUUCCAAAUCGGUGCAGACAACCAGAGCUGAGUUUGAGAGAGCUGAAUUUCCACCCCAGUCACUAUAUCCAUGA